CUGUUUAUCCCCAACGCCCAGUCCGUUUCUCGUGGCCCCCACCCACCCACACGCCCCGUUUGAUGUAAACUCGCUCAAUCUGCGGACGCAAGCGGCCACCUAGCAGGAUGGAGCCGACGAGUUCUUUAGGAGCCGACGAGAGGCGGGGGCCAGGAUCGGUGGAGGUGCAGGUGGCUGCAGCGGCGCUUCAGCGGUCGGAGGUGUUCCACGUCGUGAAGGAACUGCUCGGCUUCGUUCUCUACAUGCACCACCAGAUUCCCUCGGUAUUGCAGAGUCUUGAAACUGAAUUUGCAGGUUUAAAGGAGGAAAUGUCAGAAAUGACAGCACCAUUGGCAGAACUGAAACCUUCUGAUCAGAGAAAGUACAACACACGAAAAAGGGAGGUUAGAUGCAGAAUCAAGAAGCAGGAAAAGUUAAUGAAAGGCAUCUCUACCGUACUUUCUGCUUUUCAGCAAGCACUUGAUAAAGUUUCUACCAUUGAAGGAGUUGCCCUGAUCCUGGGAGGGAGUCUUGUACGACCUUUGUUUGUCUAUGACAUUACAGUUACUCAUGGUAGAUUUGAUUCUGGAAGUGUCAAAGGGCAUGGUACAACAAAGUUAGCUCAGUCUGUUUCUCGAAAGGCCGUCCGAGCUCUUAUAUCAUGUGGUGCAGGGAGUUUAUCUUACACAGGCCCUACCAAGCUGUUUCUGCUGGUUAGAUGUCCUUGUACAUUGAACUUACCCCUGGAUUUUGCGCCAAAACGGGAAUUCCGUUACAGUAAGAAGCAGGUUGUACCCCAGCAAAUGUCUAUAAAAUGCAAUACAGCAUACUACCAAAAGAAUAAUAAGCAUGUUGCAUCAAUCGUGGAUCCGUCAUGUUGUACUUCAGAAUCUUCUCCGUCAGAUGUUAUCUGGUUCCAGUGCAAGCACACGAUAAGAGGCUUACCAUGCAAGGCGUCAUUAGAAGGAUGAUGAUCCGCUCCUUUUCAUUAUCCUACAUCAUGUAUGUUACAACUGGAAAAUGCUGUAGUGAGGUGAACAUCGACCCUGACCUCAGCAUUCUUCAAUCCUAAAUUGGUCCUCCCCCCUUUUCUGUAAAUGUUCACCAAGGAUCAGCAUUCUUCAAUCUUAUAUCCCCGCCCCCCCUCCCCCCUUAUGUUCGUUUGCACUGGAAUGGUUUGGUGCUCAAUAAAAAUAUUUUGUUUCCCGUGUGGGCUAUCUAUGAGCUGUCUUAAAAAAAAUUCAUGCAGGUUACCCUUUUUA